UCAUCAUCAUCAUCAUCACCACCACCUUGCCCACCCACCUCCUCCCCUAUAUAUCCCCAACUUUUGCCUCCAUUUUCUCCCCUUCAAACAAUUCAAGCUCUCAUCAGAAAAUCAAACCCCUAAUUACUGUCAACUGCUCAGGUCGAAGUAAUGGGCGAGCAGGUAGAAGUGGCGAAGAAUGAAGGGGAGAAGAAGGACGCAGCCCCCACCGCAGACGCCGGAGCUAAGAAGGACGACGGCAAUGACAUCAUCGUCCUGAAGAUGGACAUGCACUGCGAGGGAUGUGCGAAGAAAAUCCGGCGAGCUAUCCGGAAUUUCGAGGGUGUUGAAGACGUGAAGGCCGACAGCUCCAACAACAAACUAACGGUGACCGGCAAGGUGGACCCCGCGAAGGUCAAGGCGAGGCUGGAGGAGAAGACCCGCAAGAAGGUCGACAUCAUCUCUCCCCUACCCAAGAAGGACGCCGCCCCCGCCGGCGACAAGAAGCCCCCGGCUGACGAGAAGAAGGAAGAGGAGAAGAAACCUAAACAGACGACGGUCGUCAUGAAGAUCAGAUUACACUGCGAUGGCUGCAUUCAGAAGAUCAGAAAAAUCAUCUUAAAGAUCAAAGGGGUAGACUCGGUGAACAUCGAGGCAGCAAAGGAUCUAGUCGCGGUGACGGGGACAAUGGACGUGAAGGAGCUAGCCCCGUACCUCAAGCAGAAGCUCAAGCGCGGCAUCGAGGUGGUUCCUCCGCCGGCCAAGAAGGACGGUGGUGGCGCGGACAAGAAGGAGGGUAAAGAAUCCGGUGGCGGAGACAAGAAGGAGGGCAAGGAAUCUGGAGGUGGAGACAAAAAGGACGGUAAAGAAGCCCCUGCCGCGGCAGAGAAGAAGGAGGGUGGAGAUGGCGGCAAGACGGACGGUGGAGACGGCGGAAAGAAAGAGGAGAAUAGCAAGGAGGUCAAGGCUGAAAAGAGUGGAGAGCAGAAGCUGGAAAUGAGCAAAUUUGAGCACCACGGUUCUUACCAUUCGCAGCCGUCCUACUGGUAUGACCAAGGACAACCGAGCUACUACAGCCAUAGCUACGCGGUGGAGCCCUAUGGCUACCACGGUGGAUAUGCCGGCCCGCCGGCUCCAGUUUAUGCUCAUCCAGUGCACGAGGGAUACUCGCAUUACCCGCAGUACCCUGUGGAUCCACGGCUACAAGCGCCGCAGAUGUUCAGCGACGAGAAUCCAAAUGCCUGCUCCGUCAUGUGAGGUGGACUUGACUCGAGAGGGGUGUGUUAGGGAGAGAAAUUAUACAAUGGGGGUCCAAAUUGUAAAUAGUGGAAAACCCAACACAGUUUUCGGCGAAGUAAAUAUUGAAAUGGACGAAAAGGAAAUUACGUUGAAAUCGUCCUUCGUCGAUGAUCGAUGAGGUCAGAUAAAAUGCCGACCGCCCAAAUAAGCUCGGCCGGCGAGCUGGCCGGUUCAGUAGUUGGCAAUGGGUAGCAGUUGGCUGUUAUUUUUUUCUUGAUUAUAUAAAAAUUUUGUGACGCGUGUAUUAAUUUAAUGUUAUAUUAUAUAUUAUGUAUUAUAUA